AACUUGUUCUUGAAAGUUAUUUCGAAAAGUGUUAGAUAAUGCCUAAAAAGAUAUAAUAGGUAUAAUGAACAAUCGCAGCUGAUGAUUUUAAAUAUAUUGGCUUUUUUUCAACUGGAAAAGGAACAAGUCCGAAACGGCAUUGCACUUCAAAUUGAGAAUGUGAUAGAGCGAGCCGCAGAUGCAACAAAAUUGAGCACAACAACGAUCGCAAAUAUAAAGAAGAAUGGGAUAAAAUCAGAUCAGGAUUACGCAGCCCGUAUAUCUUCCAAGCAAAAGACAGAAAAAGCCAAAAUUACAACAUAUUUGAAACAUAGAAUUUGGGACACAAUUUAUUCUAUGUACGCCAGAAAACAAUAUGUAAUAUUGGCAACAAUAAGAGAAAAGUUCAAGGAAGAAAUUGAAUAUUUUGAGUUUUCCAUUGACUCCUUAAGAAGAUGGAUCAAUAGUAUAGGCUUCAAGUGGAAAAAAUCAAAUAACAGAAAAUAUUUGAUGGACUUGCCAUAUAUUGUUCAUAAAAGAAUCAAUUUUUUAAGGGAGUAUAUCAAAAAUAGAAAUGUAGGUCUGGAAGGUUUUACUCCAGUUUUCAUUGAAGAGACGUGGAUUUUUAGCAAGGGAUCAUUUCGUAGUAGCUGGCAAGAUGACACCAAGCACACGGAUUCAAGCAAAAACAGUGAAGGUCAUCGUUAUAUCGUGGUCCACGUCGGAACCAAAGAUGGCUUCAUCAAGGGUACAAAUUUAAUAUUCAAGAGUGGAUUAAAGACGGGAGAUUAUCAUGACAAUAUGAACAGGAAAAACUUCGAAAACUGGUUUAAAACUCAGCUGGUUCCAAAUCUUCCACCAAAGUCAUUUAUAAUCAUGGACAAUGCAAGUUACCAUUCUGGUUUAUUAGAAGAAAUCCCGAGAAAAUCUUGGACAAAGCAGAGACUCACCGAAUGGUUGAAGAAAAAGAAUAUUGGCUUUCCAAAAAAAGCCAUGAAAGAUAAAAUAUGCUGCAACUGCCCUAGUGAAAAAAGUACUUCCUUGAUGAAUAUAUUAAACCUUUAGGACACAAAAUUUUGCGACUGCCACCAUAUCAUUGCCAGUUUAAUGCAAUUGAAAUGGUAUGGUCGGAAAGUAAACGAAAAUAUGAUCAAUAUAUUUCCAAUUUUAAGCGGUCACCUUCAGAAGUUCUGACUACAUGGGAAAGGGUAAUAAACGAAAUUUCUCUAGAUCAUUGGCAAAAAUAUGUUUUUCAUACAGAAAAGGUAAUUGAAAAGGCUUGGGAGGCAAUACGAGUGUGUGAUGCCUAUGACAUUUUGCCACUUGUGAUUACGACUGACGAAGACGACGAUGACGAAGACAAUAUCUCUAAUUUCAGUUCUCACUCUAACAAUACUGACGAGAUUGAUUAAGCUUUUUUUGUUCUAGCAAAUGCUAAAGUUUCUAACCUAAUAUUGAUUGGCAAAAAUAUCUCUGCCAUACGUUUUUUCUCACCUGGAUGACGUAACUACAAAUGGGUAUAAUUUCGACUUUACAAGACGUCCUUUAACAUGCAUAUGCAGACUUUUAAGUACUUUAAUUGAAAUCUUAUCUGCUCCUGAAGAGCAGUUAUUCUUUAAACUGUUAAUACACAUAACAAUUUUAUUUUAAUUAACAGGAGUCAGAUACAUAAAGGACAGUACAUUUUUUCUACUAAUAUGAGGUGUAUGGGGAUUUUGAAUAUUCUGUGCCAUCUUUUUACCAAUAUUUACAAAAAAAUCAUUGCAAAAAUUUCUUUUUUUUUUGUUAUAAUAGUCCUAUUUGCUUUUAUUUGCUUAAUGCUUGAUUUAGUUACAGUUUUAUUUGUAGCCUCCGAAAUUAAUUUAUAGGUUUUUCUCAUGUCUUUUGCGCAAUUUGUUAUUUUCUCGUGAUAAAAAUUAUGUUUUAUGGCCCUGAUUAAGUUAUUUAAUUUGUUUCUGUAUUUUUUGUAUUCAAUUAUUUUUCCGAGAUCAUUAUUAUAUUUAAGUACUUUCUUCAGUUUGUCACGGUUUUUUAUAGAAUUAAUAAUUGCGGUCGUAAUCGUAAGCUUUAGUUUUUUUGUUUUUUUUAUAACCAUUUAUCUUUUUUUCUGAUAAUUUUAAUAUGUUCUGUAUAUUCUUCAAAAAACAGUCUGUGGCAUUAUCGAGAAUAGGCUCAGCUAUAACAUUUUCCCAAUUUACCUCUGCGGCAAGAGAGAAUAGCUUUUGAAAAUUGAUUAUAGUUUCCCCUUAACUUUCCGCUGAUCCACCUUCACUGAUGCAUCCUAUUGUUUGAGCAACAGGAAUGUGCAGUUAAUUUAAAAUAUUAUUUAGUGAACUUUCCUACCAGUCAAUGUCAAUAGGUACUUAAAUCAGUUAAAAUUUAUUGCGAUAAUUUAUGUAUUAUUGUUAGUAACUAUGAUAUACAGCCUUAGGCAAAGAAUUAAAAUGAUUUUGGCGAGCAAGGAAGGUGCUCAAGUAGAGAUUUUUGGAACAUUCGUUGUAAAACCCUCUAAUUUUCUACCUACACUUCUAACUGGAAUAUCACAUCAAACCGUAUGAUAAGCAUUAAAGUUACAUAGACAUCAUCAUUACAAGUCACAAAUUUUACAGGAAAUUUAUAAGGAUGAUUUUGAAGAAUAGAGUUUUGCGAAACCAUGUCCAAGAUAAUAAAUACUCGUGAAAUUUUGAUAACCAAAAUUUGCUUCAGUGAUGAAUGUACCUUUUUCCUAGGCGGCCAUGUCAAUAAACAAAGUUGUCAAUACUGGAGUAACAAUCCCCAUAUUUUUAGAAAGGGUGCUACACAGUGACACACUGGAAGAAGACUUCCAGUGUGUCAACUGGAGAGCUCUACUUACACCUACUUAAAGUUGUAAUAAUAUACGUUACAGAAAUAAUGUCUAAUAAUAAGUAAUUUGUAAUGUUUAAAUAACCCUAACUUGGCAACGCAGCACUCAAAUUUAAAAAAUAAGGAGCCAAAAUAUAGGGAAUAAAAAGUUCUUUCAAAUGGUGUAUCAUUGAAUAUCUUUUGCCAUUUAAGAUUUUCGAGAGGAAGAUUUUGGGGGGUAGGAGGUUGAAAGAGGCAAACUGAUUUCUAUAUAAAAAUUGUUUCUCCUCGAGAAUAAAAUUGACGUGUCUUUAUUUUAUAAAAAUCUAACUAGUUUCAAGGUAAUAGGGGUGGGAAGUUUUCAAAUGAAUACCCUGUAUAUUUAAUUGUAUUAGCUGUAUUUUUAGGAUUUAAUAAUUUUUUUUAA